AUGCUGAGCAGCAAUUCGUCGUCAACGAGCCUCAACGUCGACACAUCGCCGACGGCUGUCGACGUCGUCGGCAGCGGCGGCGGCGGCGGACUGCCGAGCUUCACCAACGGCAAGAAGCCGAUCAAAGAGGGUUCGGUGCAGUUGACGUCGCUCUCGACUCUCCUCUCUCAUCAUCGUUAUUUCUUCCUCUACCACGAAACGCUCAUCAUUUCCAAACAAAAGGGCGCCUGCUCGUACAAGCUGAAAGAAAAACUUCGACUGGAUCGCGUUUGGAUCGCGUCGAGCAACACGGCAGACUCAUUCCUCAUCGGAUGGCCGUUCACCAACUAUCUUGUCCAUUUCAGAAACAGCGAAGAGAAAGACGAAUGGUUCGAGCUUCUCUCAUGUUGCGUCCAACAAUGUCUCCGCCCAUUAUACACCACGAUAUCGAUGGAUAUCAAUGUUCGUGGCAGGAAACAGACAAUUCGUCGAAGGGUUGAUAAUGGAAAGAAAUCUGGAGAAAUUGUCGUCGAAACUGCCGCCGAUUUGGGCCUUCCUCAUACUUCUUAUCAAUUGACACUCGCCGUUGGCGAGAAUUCGACCAGAUCGUUGCAAGGUCCGGAGAAUGUGUAUGUGGCCAUGAUGUGCGAGAUCGAGCGGCAAGGAAUCCGACUGUCGGAGAGUCAGAAGCAGGCGCUCGACACAUGCCCAAUCGCCAACUGCCGGCUUGUUCUCUCGACGAUCAAAAGCACAUCGGGACCAUCGCCGAGGCAGAUUGUGAAUAGUAUCAAAAGAAAAGUUCUUGCUCGCACCGAUUGUCGUUCGAUAUUCGGCAAAGAAUUAUCCGGUCCGACCCCUCCGCAGCCGAUAAUGACAAUCGUUGAUCAUCUGCGAAUGGACGGAUUCGAAGCCGAAGGCAUUUUUCGCAAGUCGCCCAAACAGAGCACAUUCAAAGAAUUGAAAUCGGAACUCGACAAGGGCGUCGUGCCCGAUUUCCACAAUUAUAAUACUCAUGUGUUGGCGUCGAUUCUCAAGGAGUACCUUCGAAGUAUUCCCGGAAAAAUUUUGUUGUCCGGAAAUUAUGAGCUUUGGAUGCAGGUUGCCGAUGAGACGGACGACGAGAAGAAAAUUUCUUCGUGUCGCGGCCUUCUCUCGCAUCUGCCCACUUCGCACUCGAUUCUGCUCGCCAACGUGCUCAAACUGCUCAACAAGAUCUCGAACACGCCGUCGUCGAAAAUGACGGCUUCGUCGCUCAGCGUGUGUCUCGCGCCGAGCUUCCUCGAGAGUCCCGAUCCGAUGGAAGGCGGCAAGAAGGUGCCGCCGCUUGUCGAAUUCCUCAUCACACGCGCUGCCCAAGUCGUGCCUGGAUUCAGCACCGACAACGUGUUCGCAAUCAUGAACAAUGGCACCGAUCACAAUGCGAAUGUCGUGUGCAGUCCGGUGCCGAGCUCGUCGCAUUCCGAUGACGGAUCUUCGCAACGGACCCCGAUAAUUGAAGAGCUUAAUGAUGCCGAUGAUGCCACUUCUCAAUCAAGCCUUGCCGAAUCGGAUCUUCCCGAUGAACCACGAGGGCCCUCGUCGCACCUCGAGACCAUCUCCGAGCUCAGUGAGCCGCAAACCGAUCGUCUUGUGUUUUCGUCGAGCGAUUCUGAGGACGACGAUGACAAGGACACCUACCGUAGUCGGCCAUCCUUUUCGAGGACUUCGUUCGUUUCGGAGACUUUGAGAUCAUCGAGUGAUGAGCAUCCCAAAUCGACGGACACACCGAGAUCACCUUGCCUCAAAAGAAUCCACUUCCAACGAACUGAAGCUCAACAUCGCACCAAAGAAGGAUCGGCGAAAUUGGACUUUGAAGCAAUGAAAUUUCACAGGCCUUCAAGAAAAUCUUCGCUUGAGGAAGUUGCUCGCAAGAAUUCCGCCGAGACCUUCUGCCAUAGUAGGGAGCCAAGCGAUGCUCCCACACCGACGCCAACUGCAGAACAGCACAUUAGGAAAGAAUCUCGGGAAGAGGCCACCCAGACGGCAGACUGUGGACUUCCAGAAAUUGCUGCAACCGACAUUCGUUUCCCAGCAUUUCGAAGCAUGCUUCAAGAGCAGGCGACGCCGAAAUUUUGCAAUGUCAGUCCUCCGGUGCCUGCAGACCCAACUCCAAGGGGAUAUGUGCAAAAAAUGGACGAAUUUGCCAAUGACUAUAGGCCAAUGGCCUACAAAUUCGAUGAGAAACCAACUGUGCAGGUAGCGCCAUUUUCUCAAGACACCUCGCUAAAGACAAUAAACGACCGAUUGGCUGCUCUUCGUCAGAAUUCAUUGAGCUCCGAAAUGACAAAGCCAAAAUUGGCGGCGAAGCCUUCGUAUGUGCCGCCGGAGCCAGUGAGCACAUACAAAUUCCGGCACGACGUGCGCAGUUUGACGAACAGUCCCGUGAUGCCGCGAAGUGUCGCAUUCGCGCCGUGCGACGACGUCGGCGAAAAGCGGAACGGAAUGCGAAAAUCCGAUUUGCAGAGAUCGUCAUCACAAAGAGGAGUUUCGACAAGCGUAGGCAAGGACAUCUACGGUUCGCGACCCGCGAUGGUUAAAACCGCCCGUCGCUUCGACAGCGUCGGCAUGGAUCCACUCGAAAUCAAUUGGAGCGUCAGCCAGCUCAAAUCGUUAUUCCAAGACGCGAAAGCGCCAGCAAUCGACACCGUCUACACUCAACCGUGA